CAAUUUGGAGGGGAUCAUGGAAGCCUUUCCAUAGAUGCGCCACAAGUUUUCGGCAGGAUCACUGCCAUCUUCCACAAUCACGCUGCCGUGAUCGUCUUCACCCCUGCGAUCAAUAUAAUCACCACCGGAGCCCCCCCAAGCAGAACGCAGUGUCAUCUGAAUCUGAUCGAUCGGACGGCGAGGCUGUAUCGUACGCACGGAUUAACCGCAAUGCAUUUCUUCCAGCUCGUCGCGGCAUGGCUGUUCCCGUGCGCCGUGUGCGCGGCGGCGGUGACGGCGGCGGAGGGCGCCGCGGAGCACGGCAGCUCCUCGUCUUCGCUGCCGGCGUUCGGCGUUAAGGUUGGCGCCGCCGCCGACCCGGGCUCCUCCUCGCGCUCAUCGAACGCCUCUACCGCGUCGCCGCCGUCGCCAUCCUCGUCCGUGCUCGGCGCGCGCAGCAACUCGUCGAACGGCGCGCGUUCGCCGGAUAAGCAGUUGACGCCGACGACGACAGAGGCCGCGAAGAGCGAUUCGGUAAGAAGAUGCGUGCGCAGGUUGGCCAGGCAUCUGCAGCGGGCCGAAGGCGAUGGCGAUCGCGACCAGGCGCCGCGGCGAAGGAGGAAGACGAAGAGCAUAAGCGGCCGGCCGACGAAGCCGCCGCUGGCCAGGGCCAGGGCCACCAGGGUCAUCAGGGGCGACGCCGUGGAGGACGGCACUGCGCGCGAGAGGGAGGAGGCCGUCGCGUGCGCCGUCGCCUACUGCAAGCGGCAGCAGACCGCGCAGUGCAAGUGCAGGGACGGCAUCACGGCGCCGUCGCGGCGCCGGGACGGUUACCCUGAUGAUGAUCUCCUGGGAAGACGGCGGGAUACGGCCGCGGCGGGGGGCAACUCGAGCGUCGUUACCCAACGCGGCGGUGGUUCCUCGACGGCGGUGCAGACUGGGGGGACGUUGCGGCGUGGUCCGGCGGCAGCCGGAGAGCUGGGAACGUGCGGCGGCGGCGGCACCAGCAGCUUCAACGAGCUCGAGCUCGACGCGCUGAGGAUAACGAGUUACUUCACCGCCAAAUAUAUGCGAUGCAACGUUGAGUAGAUCUCGCGCGUAGUAGCAAGACGAGGCCGUUUGUCGUCGACAGUUCGACACUUCCGGAGAUAAACACCAGUACAGAUUUGCUACCGUCCAGAAUUUUUUCCAGUUGGAUUCAGUUGCACGUAAUUUGGAAACUUGUCAAAUGUAUAGGAAGUAAAACCAGAAUACAUCAAAAUGGAUAAGUUCAACUUUA